AUGGAUGAACCGGUAUGGUCGUGCUUCGCAUCACUUCGAGACGAGGCUGCGCGAUCGAAUAAUGAUACACUUCUUGUCAAUCUAUCCGUGGAAGGUCAAUUGAUGCAUCGACGGCGAAUUAGUCGUAAAUGUUCCUUCUUCGACUUGGCGUCGGUGGCGACUGGUUUAGAGAAGCAGCGUGAGCGACUUGAGGUCAUUCUUAAAAUAAUCGAUGGCGAGUUAUCGCUCGAAGAAGUCGAUGCUAUUCGAUAUAGAUUGAAAGUUGGGGAUAUUGUUCGAAUUCGAGGCUUCGUCGAGCGUCUCGAAGGCGGUACUUCGAUCUUGCUUCAUGCGCGUGAUAUUAUAGUCGUUCGAGCGUGGAAGGACGAAAAUCCGGGGGUGACAUUUCUCCCACUACCUACGGUGGUACAUGCGGUGAAAAAACGGCAGCCACUUGAAUACAAAAGGCAAGACAAGAAUAUUGGUGUUAAGGUGGUACAGGCUGGCACCGAGCAAACCGCUAUUGAAAGUACAAGCGAGCGGGUGCACUGCAAGUUUUGGAUUAACUCGAAAACAUGUCAGCACGGUGACAAGUGCGAGCUAUUCCAUGUUAGCGACGCUGAACGGAAGAAUGAGCGCGCCAGAUGGGUAAACGAGAGGUUGCACCUGAAACGCGUUCGUGCCCAUAUCGAUGAAGAUCCAUUAGAUCCACAUGGGAAAACUGGAAAGCAACAACGCGCUCAAGUGUUUGCUGAAUGGCUAGUUGAGACAUUUGGUGCGGGUUUUCUUGCCGAUGGAAAAGGCGUUGUGGAUGUUGCGGGAGGAAGAGGUAGUUUAUCAUUUGAGCUGUGGAACAAGCGGAAGCUGCCCUGCACUCUUGUCGAACCGCGUCCUAUGAAGCUGCUCAAGCAACAGCAUAAAUUUUUGAAGAAGCAGAAGAAGGUACGCGAGCAAUCUGGUGAAACAAAACCAUUUCUCCAUGAGUCGCCUGUUCCACAAGUUAAUGCGCUCUUUAACAUGGACACGUUUUUGGAGAAGACAGAAUAUGUCCAGCUCGUCGAGCAGGCAUCGCUUCUGCUGGGUAUGCACCCCGAUGAAGCCACUGAAUCCAUCUUCGAUGUUGCCAUCAAAUUUAACAAACCUUUCGCGGUAGUUCCUUGCUGUGUGUUUGGCCAGAAGUUUCCCAGUCGUCGACUUGCGGAUGGAAGCAAGGUUUUGUCGUACGAAAACUUGGUCGAAUAUCUCAUUUCCAAACAUCCAGACAUUGAAAAAGCAUUCCUGCCAUUCGAUGGGAAAAACUUGGUGCUGUUUCGGCGGCCCGAGUCUUGCAAGAAUAGGCCUUUAGGUAGCUGA